GGCAGCGCACAGCCGAGCGGGCGGAGGAGGACGGAGCUCACCUCCUCGGCAGCGCCCAUGGGGACAGGACGACUUUAAAGGAGUUUGGAGGGAGGGGUGUUUCUGGAGCUGGGCGAAUACGGAUCCGACGAUUCCUGCCCCUCGCCUCGCCCUGUCAUUGAUGGGAAAUCAACUGGAUCGCAUCACCCACCUGAAUUACAGCGAGCUGCCCACCGGGGACCCCUCGGGGAUCGAGAAGGACGAGCUGCGCGUCGGUGUGGCUUACUUCUUCUCGGAUGAGGAGGAGGACCUGGACGAGCGAGGCCAGCCAGACAAGUACAGCGUGAAGGGCUCCGGCAGCCCUGGCCAGGAGACGCCCACCCACCACCUCCACCACCAGCUGGUGCUAAACGAGACCCAGUUCUCCGCUUUCCGCGGCCAGGAAUGCAUCUUCUCCAAGGUCAGCAGCGGCCCCCAGGCUGGAGACCUCAGCGUCUGCUCGGCGCAAGCCCUGCCUGCGCUCUGCAAGCCGGGGGACCUGCUGGAGCUGCUCUACCUGGGGCCGCCCGAGCACCCGCCGCCGCACUGGGCGGUGUACGUGGGCGGCGGGCAGAUCAUCCACCUGCACCAGGGGCAGAUCCGCCAGGACAGCUUGUACGAGGCUCCCGCGGGCAACGUGGGGCGGGUGGUGAAUAGCUGGUACCGCUUUCGCCCGCUGGUGGCCGAGCUGGUGGUGCAAAACGCCUGCGGGCACCUGGGCUUAAAGAGCGACGAGAUCUGCUGGACGAACUCCGAGAGCUUCGCCGCCUGGUGCCGCUUCGGGAAAAGGGAGUUCAAAGCCGGAGGGGAGCUGCAGGCUGCGGCCGGCACCCAGCACCAGCAGCAGUACUAUCUCAAGAUCCACUUGGCGGAGAACAAGGUGCACACGGUGAGGUUCCACAGCCUGGAGGAUCUAAUACGCGAGAAGCGCAGGAUCGACGCCAGCGGCAAACUGAGGGUGAUCAAAGACUUGGCGAUAGUGGAUGGGAAAGAGUAGGGGAGGAGCAGGGGGAUUCGUGGCUAUCUUCCUUCUGCCCUGCCUGGGGAGAACAGCCUGGCACAGAGACAGGAGGCUGCACCCCCCCUUCCCGUGGGACGCGUCUGGAAGCAGGAUCCAUGGCAACAUUCCAAAAAACCAGCAUUCUUUACACCCAUAGCCAGUAUUUUGUUUGGCUUUUAAUAGCGUUAAUGCUGAAAGAGUGUGAGAGAGAGAGAGAGAGAAAGAGAAGAGGGGGGAGGUGCAGGAAGGCUGUUCUAAGUACGUGGACAAAGUCUCUCCUGUUGAUCGAUGUUGACCCAUUCUAGCAACACGCCAAUAAAAUUUCAAAUUGAAAUUUAUUUUUUUUAAUUUUUAUUUCAUGGCUUUAAUCCAUGAUAAGUUUUAAAACAUCUGGGGCUAUGGUUGUGUAUCUAGCUAAAUGAGUUUCUAGCUAAGGUUUGCCUUGCAGUCAACCAAAAGCAUCAGUCGUACUUUGCUAGCUGGGAGGGAAAGGGGAGGUUGGGGGGCAGCAGGGCUAAAUGCCUGUUUGUUCUGUUUCUCAAUGCUGUUGCUUCAGCUGGUAGCUCUAAUCCAAAUUUUGUCCCAGCCAACUCUCUAGCAGGAUAUUAACAGGGGCAAAUGCUUUCACAUUUCUGGUUGAAAUCAUAUCACACUUAAAAUAUUUGUCUUCUUUGCUUACUGUUUGCAGUUCUUUGCUAAAUGUGAUCCUAAUGCAUUAGCUCUUUCCACCUCCUUCCACCUUCCCUGCCUUUCUUUUCUUUUUUUAGGGGGGGAGGGAAAGUUGCUGAGCAGCUGUUUCUUGAAACUAUAUUCAUUAGAUUAAAGGAAGUGGUGUAUUUUGCAGGGAAGAGUAUACUCAGCAUUGCUCCUUAAGAGAUCCAGCCUCUAGGACCUAAUGCUUGAGCUGUGGAUUUGUACUGCUGUAGUGAUUCUCACUGCACCACUGCUUCAAUACCCCUUCAUGCACAGGUCAACAGAAUCCUGCAAGAAACAAUUAGGUUUGAAUUCUGCAUGUUGCCUCUUUGAAACAGCAAUUUAUUGCGUGUUUACAAUUCCACUUAAAGAAAAUAGAUGUAAUGUGGCCAAGUUCAUCUUGCAUUUCAAAUUCCAAGCAACUAAAAAUCCUGUUCAGUCUAAGUUUAGAAAUACACAGCUGUUAAAAGAUGCCUUUUAAUGUGGUGUAAGCAAUGCCUUGUCUGUGUUUCAGAUCCUAUUCACUCAUUGCUUAAUUUGAAGUUUUGAAGUGGAAGAUCAGAGUAUUUUAAAUACAUAUUAAAAAAAAAGAAGUCUAAACAAAUUAAGUAUACUGGGGCAUUUCUAGAGCUCUUUAUUUUAAUUAUUAUUCGGAGCUGCAUACAACUUGUAAUAAGCAAUUUGUCUUUGCAUGUUUCAGUACUGGAAAGAAAAUGCAUUUUUGUCCCCUCUUCCCACAUCAAUGUCAGAUGGCAGAACAGAAGUAAUACUCCUCUUCUGUAUAUAUAAUACACUCCACCCCCGUAUCAAUGUACCAUGUCCUGGCUCCUUUUUGUAUUAAACAAUGUCACAAGCAGCCUUGUUGCAACAGCAAUUUCAUUUCUGUAAAGCGUUUGCCUUCUGUAGCUGAAGCUGUGAGGGUGGAGUGUACAUUAUAAUGAAAGUGUCAGCAUAAAUAUCUUAAACAAAAACAAAUAAAACAAUCUGCCCCCCCAAAAAAAGAACACUGCAUCCCUUCAGUGAAGGUCAUCUAACUGGCUUUGUGUUUGCUGAUACACUUGGGAAAGUUAUCUGCUUAUAGGCAGUGUCACUUUUACCACCUCCCAUGAAGUACUUUGGAUAGUACAAUAUGGAAUAAACAUUUGAAAAAAUGUGAAUUGUCAUUACGAUUUAGCUACUGCUGAAAUAUUCUUGAAUUGCAACAUACUUUUUAAUAAAUGUGUAAUAUUUUAGUUUUAUAUUUACAGUAGCUGCUGUCUGAUAAUGAUAGCUUUUUCCAUUACGUGAGCAGUCUUCUACGUAGUGUUUGUGUCUUUAUAACUAUGCUGUGUUACAUCUCCCAAAUUGUCUGUUAGAACUGAUUUCCCUGUAUCAUUUGGUGGGAGCAGUGUGGGAUUGCAGAGAGGCUUUACAUACACAGUAUUUAUGAAAAAAAAAACCUUAAAUGGUAGGAGAAGGAGGGAGAGCAAAAGAAUUUUACUUUAAUGUUCCCUUAUAGAAAUAUGUAUUGGGGAACAGAGGUAGGAAGAUGCAGGGAAAAUUACAUGGAGAGGGGAAUAAAUAACAGUGUUUAUCGAGACAGGAAGAAUGAAGUAGAGUCAAUUUGAUAUUUUUGAUUUCUGGAAUAUCUUUUCUUCAAAUUCCUCUUACCUCAGUAAUGUAGGAGGAUCCUUGCAAGAACAGCAUUGCCUCUGCUCACUAGUGAAAAUUUAAAAGAUGCUGGCUUUAAACUUUUUCCUGUGCUUUCCAAAUGCUCCACUCCAUCACUGUAUCUAAACAGCCAUUUUAACUCUGUUGGGUCUUAGGUUUUUUGUAAUUUCUUAUUAACUUGGGUCAUAAACGCAAUUUUCUUUGUUUUACCUAGCUAGGUGUAGAAUGGUAUUUAGCAGUCUAUAAAAGAAGUGAUGAGAACUAUUCUAAGCUUAUUUGUUCAAGCUCCAUCAGGAGCUUUUGGCAUUGCUCCAAAUGUGUACAGGUGAAGGUAAAAACAAAAUUAAGGGCUUAGUCCUUUGCAUGGUCUGGAGAAAAAGGGAUUGGAAAUAUUAUUGCCAUGACUAUGUUCAAGUAGCAGUCUGUUAUUAAGAACAAAGAUACCCAUACAGAUACUUUUGGGUUUUUUUUCUUUCACUAGAUUUCACUCCAGAGUUGCUGACAGCAAUCUGGUCCUGAUUCAUAGUCCAUUGAAGUUAAUGGAAAGGCUCUCACUGACUCCAGUGAGCUCUGGAUCAGAUUUUAUUGUUCGGGAGGUGAUUAAAAUUUGUGGACCUAGAAGAGAAGUGAGAUUUAAGAUGGCAUUUCAGAGACCAGAAGGGCCACCUCUCUGAGAUGGGAGACAGUAGAAACAGACAUUACUGUGAAAAUAAGGGAAGAAAACAGCCUAGUUCUGAAGCAAGUAGUGUUAAUCUGAGAUAGCAGUAGGAAAAUGGUGAAAAAUACCAAAUGAAAAGUGGGUAUAGAAAGUUGUUCAGUGCCUUGAAACAAAAAAUGUAAGGCAGGGGAGCAGUCAGCUGUAAGAAUGGCAAUGAUGUGAAUGACUGACAGGCAAAAAAUGUAAUUGAUUAUGCUCAUUUUUCGGGAUCAGUGACCUGCCUGAGUUAACAUUUCCAUUUCCAGCAGUAAAGAUAUUGACAAACUGUAUUAUAUCCAUGGAGUCUGUUUACAUUCUUCAGUCUAGCUACCCAGGACAAAUAUUUAUCUCUCAUUCAUUGCUCUUGAAGUAGUGACUUGUAAUAUGGCUGCAAUGCUAGGAUACUUCACACAUCUUUCUUUUGUGUCAGCUUUCAUCCUUUCUGUUAGCUCUUUGGGUAGCAAUUUUGUAGAAUCUCUUUUGCUUGUAUUCUUUUCAAAAUGCAAUCUUUUGAAUUGCUUUGAGGCUAACAUUUUAUUAAAAAUUCAGCUUGUGUCCUCUUGAUACAUGGAGAGCUUUUGUGAAAUGUUUUACUGUCAUGACCAAAAUGUUUACUAGUUAUUGGCUGUGCAUAUAGGUAGAGAACUGCAAGGAUGGGUAGCAAAAUACAUUUUGUCAGUGUCAAAUUUUGUUUCCAUCUUAUGUUUCCAGGUUAAUUUAUUUUUGUUUUUCCCCUCUCAAGUCAGUAUAGCUGUGUAAAAUGAAGAAAAAAACCAAACCACCUCACAACCCCUUACAGUAUGCUUUUUAGGGCAAUAAGCUAUUGAUGCAUAUAUGGAUUUCAGAUGAAGAGAAGAGUGUAAUAAUAUACAGCUUUCAUGGUGUGACAAGAAAUGGCCUUUGGUCUGUGCUAGAGCGUGCACAGUCUUAAUUUGCCUGCCUCAUUUCAUUUUAGUGUCUUUCAUAUUCAGGUAAGUGAUAUGCAAAAAUCUGGCGGAGUUUAUAGACCUGUUUAUGCGAUGUGUUGAACCAAUGGUGGCUGGAGUUGAGAGAACGCCGGAUCUCGAGACAUCUAGCAUCUUCUGGGAUUAGUUAAUACAACACGCCCAGUUCCCAACCCUCUAUCUCUGGCUACAGAAGAAGUAGGGGACUGCGACAGCUACUGCUAGUUUUAAGAUUUAUUUUCUAUGGGAUAUUUGUACUAGAGUAGCUAACAGUUUUCUGUCAAUGAUUAUACUUGACUGUGACUAAAAAGUUGUGUUGCUGAUUAUGCAGUGGAAGCUGUGUUUUCUGCUGUAUAGCACAGGAGGAAGAUGAAAGUCUUGGUCCAAAGAAUUAGUCCAGAAAUACCUAAGGAAGUAUGAUUGGGCUACCAUGCCGAUAGCGGUUUCACUGCAGGACUAGAGUCUAAAGGAUAGUAAUGUAUGGCUAAAUUGUGAUCAAGUGCAGCUGUUAGUUCAUGAACGUCAGUGUUUCCAUUUUUACUUGCUUAUUUUAUUACUAUGAAACAUUUAACUUCUCUGUACUUUGAAUUUAAAUUUGACAUGGAAAACUGCCCUAUGCUCAUGGAUCAUCUGACACAAUGUUACUUUAAUCUGACAGAUUUUUUUUUCAGUUUUAUUGUAGAGAAAAUUAGUGAAUACUAGGAUCAGUUACUUUAUUGAACUGCUUGUAAAUCAAUAAAAAGGGGGUACAGUAGAUGUUAGGUUGGAAAAAGGCAAUAAACUGAGAAUCUUCCAUUACUUGUCAUAUCAGUGGAUUUACUACAGAUUAUAUAGAUAAAAUCUCUACAGAUAUAAAAUACCAGUGUUGUAUUUGUGUAUUAAAAUUCCACCAUGCCACUGAAAUUAACAGUUAGUUUAAAUGUAUUUACCUUUGAGCAGUAAUCUAGAAUUUGUCUUGCAGGAUUUAUAAUUGACUAGCUCAUAAUAUGCAUUUUCAUUUCUUUAUUUUAAAUAUUUUGCAGCAAGCACAAAUGUGUUCAGACGGAUAUGUCUAGAGGAGUUGCAGAAUUUCCUUUGGCAGAGGCCAUUCACAUUGAGAUUAUUUGAGAUAUAGCGACGCUUCUCUGUUUUUUUCAUGUUUUCAUCUUGGGACUUUGGGGAACUUCUGUUUCUGCAGACAAUCCAUGUAUGUAAAACUGCUUGCCUCCUGUUUGCAGGAUCAGGAUCUUUAAAAUAAAAGAAGGUCUAUCCCCUUCAUGUGGUAUUUGCUUUGGGCUAAAAUCUAGGAGUAGGACAGCCAGGAUCAAGACCUCAGCAUCAACCUCCUAUAGAAUUCGAUGGAAGGCUCAUCUGUGUGACGUCUACCAGAAGGGCCUUAGUUGCUUAUUCUUAUUUGUACAUAUAAUAAUCAUCUAUGCAAAUUGGCAUUUUCCUAGUUAAAAUGGGUGAAUGCUUUUCAAACGUCUUUUGACUUUUGUGUAGCUGUGUGAGUACAAGUGUUAGACACAAAUAAAAAAUCAAAGUUUUGUUUAUGGGCUUGAGUCUCUGAAGUGCUGUAGAGCCAAUAUCUUCCAGCUAUUUUGACAGGAGCUCAGGUGGAAUUGAGAACCAAUGUAGGUGCAAAAGAUAAAGGUGAGAAAGCUUGAAGUUAAACUUCAAGCUGUUCAAGGAAGGUGUUCAGAGCUAUGCCUGAAAUUCUUUCUCUUUUCCAAGGUGCAUGAGGUUGAUUAACUGCGCACCUCAUAUACAGAACCAUUUACACUUUGGAAAUCCAUGCUACUGCCUAGGAAACUUGGGGUGAGCAAAAUAUUCAGUGUCUCAUCAGCCUUAAAUAGCAAAUAAUUUUUCAUGGUUUAAACACUAGUUAGAUACAGUGGCUCUGGUGAUCUAUUUUGAAAAAUCCUAGUUUAAAGCUCAUAAACUAAUCAGAAUUAUGCUUAUAAACAGAAAACCUCAAUAAUCCUUCUUGGUACUUCUUAUAUGGAACAGCUUGUUCCCUGUUUAUGUAAAUAAGAGACUAACCCUGAUCCAACAGAAUUAUCGUGGGGUAGAAUUUGCAAAUGAACAAAACAAUCAAAUCCCAGAUAUAGUUCUGACUUGACUUUGUCUGCCACAGGUAAAUAAUCAGCAUAUAUCUUAACAGCAUGAGUAAAUACAAAGUGCUGUAUUGUGAUGCUUCUUCACAGCACAAUACUUUACACCACAGAAGGAAUAUUCCUUGUAUGUUAUUCAACAUGGAUAAAUAUAUCCCAAUCUAGUCUUAAAACAGAUUUUUUUUCCAUAUGUUCCUAUUGUUUCCAUAUGCCCUUUCAGUCAGCUGAAAGCAAUAUAAAAACUGAGCCUAAAAAAUAUGCUAAUUGUUUGUAAAUAUUUAAGCAGAAAUUUAUAUGUAUAUUGGUAUAUAACUAAUAGAUGUACAUACAUAUAUAUAUGCAUAUUGUAUAUAUAUUAUGCAUACAUGCAUAUACCAAAAGUCUUUGACUAUUUUGUUGGCGUUGGCAAUAAAUGGCAGUCAUUUCAGUGUGUAUAUUAUCAGCGUGACAGAUGGAUAUCCAAGACUUCACUGGCAGUAUUUUAACAGUAUUCAACUAUCUGUUCUUUAGGGUACACCAUGGUCUUCUGACAUCCAGAGAAGUGAGUUAAGUGUGUGGGGGUUGACAUAUUGCUACUUACUAGAGGAAAAAUAUCAAGGAGCACUAUACUUUUCAAUAACGAAAACCCCUUUUAGAAUGAACUGUGCUGCUACUGACUUGUGUAUUUAUAAAUAAAAGA